UCCAUUCUAAACCCUGCAGGCGUUUCCCAAUUCUUUAUUUAGUGACGCGGCUGGCAAGAUGAUGUUAUAGGAAACGCAUGCCUCUAGGUCCCGGAGAGUGAAGACUUCAUCCCAAGGUCAUGGCAAAACACCUGAAGUUCAUUGCCAGGACUGUGAUGGUGCUGGACGGGAACGUGGACGGGGCGUACAGGACCCUGAACAGAAUCCUCACCAUGGAUGGGCUCAUUGAGGAUAUCAAGCGACGCCGGUACUAUGAGAAGCCUUGCCGCAGACGACAGAGGGAAAGCUAUGAAACCUGCCGGAGGAUCUACAACAUGGAAAUGACUCGCAAGAUCAACUUUUUGAUGCGAAAGAAUCGGGCAGAUCCAUGGCAAGGCUGCUAAGGCCUGUGGAUAGUAGGCCCAGUAGGAAAACACCUAUCUGGUUGUAUCUCCAUCUCUUUUCUUUCUGCGACCCGUUUCUUGCAAUAAACUCAACCAUGUAUAUACAA